UCAUAUAUAUAUUGACCAUCGUCGGGUCCACGUUACAACUAUUUCUCCUCAUGUAUAUCGCCGGUACAUCUACACACCAGAACUUCUGCAAUGCGUCGCAGUUAAGCUCGAAUCGUUUCGGUUUGGGCCCACUCAGGACGACUAUAGCGGAGUGUGAACGGGCGUACGAUAGGUUGGCAUACUCUCAAGCUCCUUUGAAUAUAGCCACAGCUGUCGAUACGAGGGUGAAUGACAAGUAUAGUGGUUUUUUCGAGCUGUACCGAUCCGCCCGUGAAGACAUCCUGUCCAAACGUAACUGUCUCAAUCCCCCGCACUUCACAAUUCCGAAUCCCGGAGAGUACUUGUUCGGAUUUUCGGAGCUCGUCCUACAUGUCUUUAUUCGCUGUGUCUACGACUCUUCUGAACGUGGAAGUCCCCUUGUAGAUCUUAGGAUCCCCUCUCCGACGGACUGGCCCUCCAUCUUCCCCGCUUAUUCGACUCUGAAAACAUAUCUGGAUCUUACGAGUCCUGAGUCAUGCGAUAAUAUCUCAGGCAAUUACCUGUACAUAAGGGAAUACAUCACCCCCGGGAUCACCUCCUUGUUCGUUCUCCCGUUUCUCGAGAUGCUCAAGGAACGAAAGGACGACCCUGCAGUUGUUCUAGCGGUGCACAUGCGGGUGUUGUCCUACAUCCGAAAACUUGCCUGUCCUUACAUAGGCCCCUCUUGGAUACUAUUGCACGGUGAAGAAACAGUGUGUAAAGAGGAAAUGGAGGAGUUUGUGAGGAGUCAGGAGGUGGUGCAGUGGUUCGGACAUCAUCGAUAUCCUCAGGACUUGAAGGACGAAUGUGACGCCAUUGUUCAGGAUAUUGAAAUGGCGACGAGGAAUGAGAGGAUUAAAGCCACGCUUCACCAUUUGGAAGAAGAGAGAACGUUUUGUGCUAGUUUGGCGGGCCACUUGUGGCAUUCUUAACUUAGUGGACCUUUACCGCAUUGGCCACGAUUGUAACAUCAUAUAUAUGCUUCGUCGCUCGUCUCUCUCUUAUCGCAGUCACAGAACAUAGUGCCGGUCGUGGUUGAACGGAUGGUGACCCUCUCAAAUGCGAACACCUUAUUCCUUGCUUCUCCGUACUGCU